AUGUCAGAAGCCCCAGAAUCCAUAGUCUCCACGAACAAGCGUCGGAAGGUCGACACUUCUGUCGGAGGCGGCAAUGCACGAGUGUGUCCCCAUUGUGGACGGACCUUCAAACGAACCGAACAUCUGUCGCGCCAUGUACGAACCCAUACCAAGGAGAAGCCUUUCUCAUGCAACUGCGGCGCUUCAUUCGGGCGACGAGAUCUCCUCACGCGACACCAGAGAGUGAGUGGGCAUGACCCGAACGAGGGCUUACCACCGCAAGAUCCACCGAGCGAGGAAAGCGGCUCCGGUGAUUCAAUACAUGUAGCUGCUCCUGCCCUUGAGCUGCAAGAUCUUGCACGGAAGAAUUCGCAUCCUCAAGUGACGGUACUUCAUCAGACUGCCUUUGUGCCGCCUAUCGAGCAGCCACAAAACUCGCUCCAAACCAGAUAUUACGAUGCAGCAUCUCUGCCAACACCAUUGCCAGGCAUCAGUGAUAUUGUGAGUUCAGCCGAUGCUGUGUCAUCCUUAGACCUAGCGGGCAUCGACCCUGAUAUGCACUUCCGCGAUUUUGCAAGUUUCCUUGAUGGCGUUGGCCUGUGUGUUGAUUGGAGUCCGAUCCUCGAGAGACUCGAGGAACCUGUCGACUCGACAGCCAUUAGGGAAUUGCAACGACCUACACCUUCCAGUAUGGAUGUGCGGACACGAGCUGGAUCGCCAUUCAGCUCAUGGCUACCAUCAGCUCCUACCAAAGACAGACCGACAGAAAAUGUCUGUGAUUUACCAAAUCCUCGUGCUGUUGAUCCAGAAGCUAGACGUUUUGAUGUGACGGAAGAGCAACGUACCAAGCUCGAACGCACGAUCAGCUUGUCUCUCCAUAUCAUUGACCCAAACUUUCGACUACCGUCCCGUCAUUCUCUGACUAGGUACAUCAAGUCUUUCUUUGGUGGCUUUCAUCCUCACAUGCCAUUCAUACAUGUCUCAACCUGGCGGCUUGAAGAUCAUCCAGUCGAGGUCAUCUUUGGCCUCGCCGCGAUUGGAGCGCAAUAUUGUUUCGAGAAACGAGCGGCAGAACAACUCUUCUUCGCAGGCAAGGCUCUCAUUAUGCACAAGUUGGCGGAGUCAUCAGAGAGUCAUGAUUCUCAUGCAAGCUCGCAUGCAGUCGAAAGUGAUAGUCAUCAUAUCACGAGCAUGACAACCAAGUCGUCCUCUAUUGAGAAUAUUAGGGCCCUACUCACGCUCAUGGGCUAUGCAACAUGGGACGCCAAACCAGCAAUGGUUCGUCAAGCUUUUGCAGUACAAGAGACUCUGACGCAAUACCUCAGAAGUGAGGGGUUGCACGAAGUUGCAACGUCAGACGCAGCUUUACCACUCGAUCAGGAGUGGCAUGCAUGGAUCGCAGAGGAGUCUACUCGUCGUACAAAGCUGGUUGCAUUCUCAUUUCUCCACACACACAGCAUCGCAUAUGAUGUGUAUCCUCCUCUCCGAAGUAAUGAGGUGGGACUUCGUCUACCCUGUUCGACUCUGGAGUGGAACGCUUCGUCGGCCGUGUUAUGGGAUGCAGCAAGACGAGCCAUUCCCAAAUCACAGCUAUAUUUCAAAGAAGCUUUGUCUCUUCUGUUGGACCAGAAGAAUGCGCCUGCUAGACUCGAUCCGAUACCUACACCUCUUGGAAAUUACGUUCUCCUACAUGGGCUGAUACAGAGGAUUCACAUCGUCAGAGAUCUAAGCUUGCCAGUCAUGAGUGAUAUGGCAGCUCUUCCGCCUGAAGAAGUAGAGAAGCUCGAACGGGGCUUGCGAUGCUGGACUUCAGGCUGGCAACAGGCACCAGAAUCUUCACUGGAUCCAAACAACGAGAACGGGCCAAUUCCUUUCACUUCGAGUUCAUUACUUGCCCUGGCAUACGCUCGUAUCUAUUUGAACCUCGGCCCAUAUCGACAACUCCAAUCCCGAGAUCCGCAACGCAUUGCCAGAGCUCUAGGACGAUGCCCUGAGAUUGAUCGCAGUGAAGGUGUCAUCGCAGCUCUACUCUAUGCUACACAUAUGCUCGGUAUACCAGUCAGACUCGGUGUUGAUCGAGUCGCAAAGAGUCAAGCAUUCUUCUGGAGUGUCAGGCAUUCUCUAGCCAGCCUGGAUUGUGCAAUACUAUUAAGCAAAUGGCUUUUUAAACUUACACGUAGUGUAGCGACACAUCCUCUGAAUGACAGCGAAGAACGGAUUCUAUACUGGGUCAAGUGUAUCGUUGAAGAAGCAUACGCAGUCGUUGACUUUGACGAGGAGCCGCCCGAGGCCAUAGAUUAUCGCAACACUGAUGACAUUGCUCUUGCCGUGCUCAAGAUUUGGGCGCACUUCUUCAAGAGCAAUUCUCAAUGGCCGUUCAUUAACAUCAUCGGGCAAGGGUUGGCGAUGUAUCGGGGCAUGUUGCUUCAGGCUAAGGUCUAG